AUGCCACAAUUUCCAGAAAAUCCAAAAAUGACCGACGCGGACCGAAGUCGUCAUGAAUCGUUAGGCGAGCAAUCGCCGAAAAUUAGUGCACGUGACAGCAGAUUCCCAUCAUCAAUGGUGGACUCAGGACAAUUUCUACGGAUCGCUUCAUGGCGAGAACCAUCCGAUUCGGACACGGUCACACCCACGCCUUCAGCAGAUACGGACAUAGCAGGAAACAUGCGUACAUGGUAUAGGAACAUGUCUAGGAAGAAAUUAUUCAUAAUCUUUGUCAGUUUACUGGUGGUGCUAUUUAUCGCAGCAGUGAUCAUUACUGUAGUGUUGGUCCUGGCGCUACAAAAUCACAACAAAAAUGAGCACGAGUUCACAGCGAUUGUCUUCACCGUCACCUCACCGUCCACACCGACGGCCGCACCUUUCCGCUACGUACCCGGUUAUGUGAUUGGGACCGAAUCCCGCUAUGUCCCAUUGGGCACGGUGGACAGUUUGGUGCCAGACAUUCGUGGAUUCACCUUUAUGGAUCAGCUACUGAUUUGGGGAGACGACACAUUGUCAGUGAUUAGAAAUGAUACCGUAUCUCAAGGUCCCCUAUUCCUUGACACCAACAACUGCACAUCCUGCUCACUGCUGGCAGCUGAUGAGAAAUGCCUCAGGCAAAUGGUCCCUCUCCGCUGCGACCAAUCACAGGCAAUCUAUUGUUGCUCUGGAUGUCCUUUGGUGGGGAAUUUAUGCCGAAUGAAAGGAUCACUUUAUCAGUUCUCUGACCUACUCGUCGAGACUCGAAUUUCCGCUGACGGUGAUAUGUUGCUUCUUACAACUGCUUCAUUGAUAAAUACUACAAACUGUGCUCUACAAACUCAUCGAGUUCAAAAUGAUGGCUCAAUAUUUUCUGGAUCUAUUCAGAGAUGUUAUGGAUCCGGAGAGGUGAAGAGUGAGCAAGAUCCGAACUUUGUUAAAAUUGCUACAACAACAUUGUCGCCUGACUCUGCAGGAUCUGCCAGUGUUCUUACCGCAGUGGACUCUAGUGGGAAUGUGAGACUUCACAAUCUCACAUCAGAUACUACAUUAGAAUACAUUCCUACGAAGAUAGAAGGCCGGGUGUUAUCGAUUUCAACAACAAUCGAAGGAGAUGAUCUAAUGGUUGCUCUCCUCCAAGAGUCACGAUUCUACGCUAUUCGACUUAAUCUGAUCUCUGGUUGUGUGUCUUUGUUGGAAAAUUAUUACCAGAACUUCCUUUACUCAGGUCAACUUCGCGAUUUCGCAUGGGCUGGCGAAAAUCUAAUCCUAUGGUACACGGAUAGACAAGGAGUAAACAUCGUACAAUUCCAGUUCAAGUGGAACUCGGACAGCACAUGCUAG